UUCGUAAAGAAAUGGUAUUAAAAAUGUAAAGAAAAUGUUGUUUUGAAACAAUUUGAAUGUCUUUUUCGGUGACUUUGGAUCAAUUGAUUCAUACAAUUAAACAUUAAUUAAGUGAUAGAUUUUGACUAACAAAAUGUUAAAACAUUUUUCUUAUUCAUAUUUAUUGCGACAAAAAUGUCGAUCAUUGACUUCAAUGGUCAACAAAAGACAUCUUUCCGUUGAAGACAAGCUAUCGAUAACCGAUGAAGACAUUAACACCAAAUCUACGGUCAGACAAAAUACACCACAAUAUGAGUCGACAUUUGAAUCAAUUAACAAAGUUUUGGCAAAUAAGAGUUUAUCACAUCUUUUAAAAGAUGCAAACAAUGAACAGAUAGUUGAUUAUAAAGAGUCGACUCAAGAGAUGGUUAGAAGAGAUCAGUCGAGACUUGCUUUAAGGCCUAAGACGGCUCCUGAGGACACAACAGUAAUACUAUUUCCAGGACAGGGAUCACAGUUUGUGGGAAUGGGUUAUAAUGUAAUCGAGUCAUCAAAUGUAAAGCAAAUGUUUUCAAUCGCUAAACAAAUAUUAGGUUACGAUUUGUUGGAUCUGUGUCUUAACGGUCCCAUUGAAACCCUUAAUAAGACUCAAUAUUGUCAACCGGCGAUAUAUGUCACUUCUUUAGCUGCAGUUGAAUGUCUUCGACAAAGAGGAACGGGUGAUGUAGAGGCGUGUGUGGCCACUGCAGGCUUUAGUGUCGGCGAAUUAUCUGCUCUGGUAUUUGCCGGCGCCAUGUCUUUUGAAGACGGACUCAGAUUAGUUAAGAUAAGGGCUGAAUCUAUGCAAUACGCUUCGGAAUUAGUGCCGUCGGCUAUGAUUACCGUUUUUUUCAAUGCCGACGCCCGCAUUAGUUUUGCGUGUAAUGCCGCCCGAGAGUGGUGUGUUAGGAAAGGCAUUGAAGAAAAAGAUGCCAUUUGUAAUAUAGCUAACUAUCUGUUUCCUCACUGCAAAGUAAUUGCCGGUCACGAAGAGGCCAUUAAUUUCUUAGAAAUGAAUGCCAAAGAUUUUGGUAUUAAAAGAUCAAAACGAUUGCCCGUUUCGGGAGCUUUUCACACAAAACUUAUGGAACCGGCGAGAAAAGUGAUGGCAGAAGCACUUAGAAAAAUUCAUCUCGAAGUACCUCUAAUACCAGUUCAUUCAAAUUUUGACGCAAAGAUUUAUAAAGACGUGGUCUCUAUGCGUAAAAAGUUGGCCAAACAAAUAGUAUCACCCGUACAUUGGGAACAAAUUCUUCAUAUUGUCUACGAUAGACCUAAAGAUAUGAAGUGUCCGAAAACGUUUGAAUGCGGACCUGGAAAGUCAUUACUGUCCACACUUAGUAUGGUUCACGCAGUGGCCCGAAGAUCUGCACAUCACAUCAGUGUCUGAUUUGACAAUUCUUAGCUAUUUUUAAGUGUCAUAAAUCGAUAAUAAAUUAUUUU